AUGCCUAUCCUCCCCGUCAACGAGAUCGAGAACAAGACCUUCGACUACGUCGUCGUCGGUGGUGGAACUGCAGGUCUCACGCUCGCUGUUCGCCUCAGCGAGGAUGCCAGCAAGACCGUUCUCUGCUUAGAGGCCGGCGGUGCGAACCUCAAUGACCCCGCGAUCCUGCGCCCUGCCUCAUGGGGUUCCCACUUCGCCAACGACAAGUACGACUGGAACCACAAGACCGUCGCGCAAAAGUCGGCGAACGGUAUCCAGUACUCAUGGCCUCGUGGCAAGGGACUGGGUGGUAGCAGCGCCAUCAACUUCAUGUGCUGGACGCGCCCUCCGGCGAAGGAGAUCGAUGACAUCGAGAGGCUUGGGAACCCGGGAUGGAACUGGAAGAACCUCGACGACAGCAUGAAGAAGUUGGAGGGGUACAUCGCUCCCACGAAGGAGAUUGCGGAAGCGCAGGGCCUUAAGGUGGAGACCUGGAAUCACGGUACAUCAGGUACUCUUCACCACUCCUUCCCUGGCUACUUCAUCGGCGCGGACAAAGCUGUCCAGGACUCGCUCCUCAAGGCUGGCUUCCAGCACGCGAAGGACCCGUUGGGUGGCGAUCCCAAAGGUGUAUACUUCUCCACCCAAUCCGUGGACUCAAAGACAUACACGCGCUCUUACUCUGCAACUGCAUUCUACAUCCCUGCACAGAACCGCAAAAACCUGACCGUGACUGUCGAUGCCCUCGUCAGCCGUAUCAUCACCGAACAGGCAGGCGGCAAGGUCAAAGCCAGCUCCGUCGAAUUCCUCAACGGGGACAAGACCUACUCCGUCACGGUCGGCCGUGAGGUGAUCCUCUCUGCUGGUGCCCUAAAGUCACCGCAAAUCCUCGAGCUGUCUGGUAUUGGCAAGAAGGAGGUCUUGGACUCCGUCAAGAUUCCCGUCGUCGUCGAUCUCCCCGGUGUCGGCGAGAACCUGCAGGAGCACAUCUACACGUCCCUCUCGUACGAGCUGAACGAUGAUGUCCCAUUCGAUACCCCCGACCUUCUCCGCGAAGCCGAGGGCGUCGCGGAGCACCUCAAGCUUCACGAUGAACAGAAGGGUCUCUUCACGGCCGGUAUCAUGGGCUUCUCCUUCGGUCCCCUUCAGCUUCACUCGAAGCGCGCCGACGAGAUCCACGCCGCGGCGAUCAAGAAGAUCGAGGCAAACAAGGACAAGUAUCCACCCGGUCUAUGGGAGCAGUACCAGAUCCAGAUCCAGCGCCUGAAGGACGGUGCUCCCGGAUGCGAGAUUGUCGACGUUCCUGGCUUCUUGUCCUUCCCCAACCCGCCCAAGCCUAACAAGAAGUACUUCUCGUUGUUGCCGGCUAUGAACCACCAGUUCUCGCGCGGUUGGACUCACAUCAUCUCGAAGGACCCCAAGGUUGACCCGGCGUACAACCCGAACUACUUCGAUGAGGAUAUUGACUUCCAGACGUUCCUCGAGUGUGUCAAGUUCGUGCGUGCACUCUCCAAGAUCUCUCCUUGGAGCGACAUGGUCGCUGCGGAGGCGAACCCUGGCCCGAACGUCACUACGGACGAGCAGCUCGGCGAGUGGCUCAAGAAGUACAUGGCCACGACGUACCACACCGCCGCGACGUGCUCCAUGUUGCCGAAGGAGAAGAACGGCGUCGUCGACCCCAACCUCGUCGUCUACGGUACCUCGAACAUCCGCGUCUGCGAUCUCAGCAUUCUGCCUCUUCAUUUUGCCUCGCAUCCUCAGGCUGCGAUUUACACCUUCGCUGCACGCGCUGCUGACAUCAUCCUGGGAAAGGCGUAG